UUAAGUGUUAUUACUUAUUUAAAUAUUAUACUAUCGUAUUAUAAACUAUACCCGGUCUAUCUGUUUACUAUCACURUCUAUAUUUUGUUAGUGAUGGUAGACACCAUUAAAAACAUGUCAGUGCCUCGUAUUUUUUCGUCCUAAUCCUUACGAUUGCUAUCCUAAUAUUUUAUUUUAAGACAAUAGUAAUAAAAAAUCUACAUAGCAAUAAAUACGAUAUUAUAAUAUAACGACUGCAUCAGCCUACGAAACGCAUCCAGAAUGAGCAGCAGUUGCAACUGUCCGGUGACCCAGCCGGGACCGACGUUGGCCAGCACGUGUGGUGGGUCGGCGUUCAUGUUGUUUAUGGGCCUAUUGGAGGUGUUCAUCAGGUCGCAAUGCGAUAUCGAAGACCCAUGUGGCCGGCCAUCGAACAGGGCGUUGCCGGACAAGGAAUACGACUUCAUCGUUGUGGGCGGUGGAUCGGCGGGUAGUGUGAUGGCCAGCAGACUCAGCGAGGUACCACAAUGGAAAGUUCUGUUAAUUGAAUCAGGUGGCGAUGAGCCCACCGGCACACAAGUCCCGUCAAUGUUUUUGAAUUUUUUGGGUUCAUCAAUUGAUUGGAGUUAUAACACGGAACCUGAGGAAAUGGCGUGCUUAAGCAGCCCGGAGAGACGAUGCAAUUGGCCCAGAGGAAAGGUGUUAGGUGGCACGAGCGUGAUGAAUGGAAUGAUGUACAUGCGGGGCAGCCGGCACGACUUUGACGGCUGGGCCAAGAUGGGAAAUCCGGGUUGGAGCUACCAGGAUGUGUUGCCGUACUUCCUCAAGUCCGAGGACAACCACCARGCGACCAUCAUGGACGCUGGUUACCACGGGGUCGGCGGCCCUAUGCCGGUUGGCCAAUUUCCAUAUCAUCCACCGCUUUCGCACGCCAUCCUGCAGGCAGGUCUUGAGCUUGGCUACCAGGUGCGUGACCUGAAUGGAGCCCUGCACACGGGUUUCGCAAUCGCGCAGACCACGUCCAAGAACGGAUCACGUUAUAGCAUGGCCAGAGCUUUCCUACGACCAGCCAAGGACCGGUCCAACUUGCAUGUAAUGCUCAACGCCACCGUAACCCGGGUGCUCAUCGACCCCCAAAAAAAGGCGGCAUACGGAGUGGAGGUAUACAACGGGGCGGACGGACGGACAAUUAAAAUCGGUGCACGUCAAGAAGUGAUCGUAUCAGGGGGCGCGGUUGCCUCACCACAGUUACUGCUGCUGUCGGGCGUCGGACCCAAAGAGGAUCUACGUGCCGUCGGCGUGCCGGUCGUGCACGAUCUGCCUGGAGUCGGACGGAACCUGCACAAUCACGUGGCGUUCUUCGUCAACUUCCGCAUAAACGACACGUCAACAACACCCCUGAACUGGGCCACGGCCAUGGAAUAUCUGCUGUUCCGAGACGGGCUCAUGUCCGGUACCGGCAUAUCCGAGGUGACCGCCGUGCUCCCGUCUAAGUACGUCAACCCCGCCGAUGACAACCCUGACCUGCAAUUCUUCUUCGGUGGUUACCUAGCCGAUUGUGCCAAGACCGGGCAGGUGGGCGAAAAGUCUGGUAGCGGUGACGGUGACGGCCGGCGAACCAUCAACAUGAUACCUGCAGUGUUGCACCCCAAGAGCCGCGGCCAGCUCAAGCUCAAGUCAUCUGACCCGCUCGCACCCCCAGCCAUCUACGCCCGAUACUUGAGCCACCCUGAUGAUGUGGCCGUGCUUGUGGAAGGCAUCAAGAUCGCGAUUAGGUUGUCCGAGACACCCGCGCUCCGUAAAUAUGGCAUGGAACUGGACCGGACGCCGGCGAUGGGCUGCGAGGACCUUGAGUUCGGGUGCGACGCGUACUGGGAAUGUGCAGUUCGUCGAAAUACAGGACCUGAGAACCACCAGGCCGGAAGUUGUAGGAUGGGCCCACCCAGUGACCCAGGCGCCGUCGUCGACUCAGAGCUCCGCGUACACGGCGUCGAUCGGCUACGAGUGGUCGACGCAUCCGUCAUGCCGGCCGUCACUUCCGGAAACACCAACGCUCCAGUAGUGAUGAUCGCCGAAAAGGCUUCCGAUCUUAUCAAGGCCCGGUGGAUUGGCCGAAAGCCGUGGAAUAAGUGGUAAGACGACUGUGGCAGCCAAGCGGCGACGUCCUAAUUUAAUAAUUUUGUAACUCUCGGUGUUAGAAUCGUUAGAAACUGCAAAACUUAUACACUAGUUAACAUAUAGAUAUGAACGCUGAAAACACAUACACUUGCAAUUAUUUUCGUUCCUGUAGUAUAAGCUAAAAUAUAUGUAUUGUAAAACACAUCCAACAUAAUAAGUAAGACAAAAUUUAUUACCGAUGUUAUAUAAUAGAUAUAAUAUUAAAAUAACCCCUCUAUGCAACAUGAUGUAUCGAAAGUAUAUCGCAGUGCAAAGUAAACUACGGCUAUUACUGAAUAAAUUGAUGAACCAUAGUUAUUCUAUAUAAUUCUAUAUAAUAACAUUCUAAUUCUAUGAAUAUUCACAGUGACAACAAAUUAAAAUAUUGUCAACGAAWAUUAUUGAUCAYAAUUUUGAUUACAAAAUUCAAUUUAAUAUCGAAUUAAAUUCGAAUAUAUAUUUUUAUUUCUGCAUAUUGCAAAAUUUUGAACAUGAUUAUUGUAAAACUAAACCUGGCAGUCCAAAUCGGGGUACGUCAAAAUAUUUUAUGCUUUUACAGCUCAGCACCCCCCAUUAAAAAUUAAGCACYUUUUAAAAUAACAAAAAAAAUAUAUUAUACACCAAUAAUAUUAUACAGUAAAUGAGU